AUGGAAACUGUCCUAGCAAAUGGAUUACGUGUUACGGAGAUAACAGCCAAGGGCAAGGAUCGGUUGGCCGCAGCCCUGAUAUUUCCCACUGGUUCAAACGCUGAUCCCCAUCACCGCCCUGGCCUUGCUCACCUCAUGGAACAUAUUUUGGCUCGAAUGGUAUUUGACACAGUGCGGGAAAAGUACGGAGGCCAUCUCGACGCCUCGACUACGGAGAUAUAUACUGUAUUCGCCUUUGAUAUUUGUGGGAGGGAAUCAAGCCAAUUUCUCAAGGAGCUUCUUGACUGUUUUUUUGCGAAAGAAGCAUCGCAAACAGAACAUCUUGAACGAGGGCUUGACGACGUGGUGGACGAAUAUUUCUAUGCCAGACGCGCCUAUCGCAUCCCAGACAUUGCCGAAGAAAUACUGGGACAGCUCCGAGGUGUCAAAGGACCCAAGGAUGGGAAUGAGGAUACCCUCCUGGGUACUAGUCGAGACAGAGCGGUCGCUCUGGAGGUCCUCUCGGGUGAAGUGUAGAUUCGACAGCAAAAUUAUUAUCAACCCUCG